AUGGCGCUUGUAAUAUCAGACGAAGCUACACAGGAAGCAGAGAGAAUUCUUGCCUGUCAGAACAGCUUCAAGGUACUGGAGCUGAGUCCAAGCAACUGCACAAAAGAGAUGGUACUGAUGCAGUACGAGACGAAGGCGUCGCUCUUCAAAGGGCUAUUUCGGAACAAACUAGCAAUGCAGGCGAAAGCCAAGCUUGACAACGCUAAAGUGCGCCUUGCAGACGCGCAACUGCGAGAGAAGGAGGCAGCUGCUUUCAAGGCGCUGCAGCACGAUGUCCACAAGGACUACGCUGAGCUACAGGCGCUAGAAGCUCGCACGCGCGUUCUUGAAAUGCGGGCCGCCACCGUUCAAGGCGAGGCAGUGUAG